UCCUCCAUGGCUUCUUCACCGAUCAAUCAAAGAACACUUUUCAGAUUUCUGAGCAAGAGAUGGCUGCAGCAGGUUCCAUGGCCUUGUUGGCCUCUCUGGCUCUGGCUGUUCUGGUGUGCUCAGUUGGCUCAGAGGCAGCGCAGGGAGGGCUGAGCGUUGGGUACUACAGCACUUCAUGCCCCAACGUGGAGGCCAUUGUGCGUGAGGAGGUGACCAGGGCCCUGCGGCUGGCUCCGAGCCUGGCGGCGGCCCUCCUCAGGCUGCACUUCCAUGACUGCUUCGUCAGGGGAUGCGACGGCUCGAUUCUGCUCAACUCCACCAAGAGGAACGUGGCCGAGAAGGAUGCGAAGCCAAACCUCACGCUCAGAGGCUUUGGCUUCAUCGACAGAGUCAAAGCUCGACUGGAGAGGGAAUGCCCUUACGUCGUCUCUUGUGCAGAUCUACUCGCUCUCGUGGCGAGGGAUGCAGUCGUUUUGAGCAAUGGACCAACAUGGCCUGUGGCUACGGGGAGGAAGGAUGGGCUGGUGUCUAUAGCGAAUGAGACCAUCCAGUUGCCUCCUCCGACCGCGAACAUCUCCACUUUGAUCUCCAUGUUCGCCUCCAAAGGACUUAGCGUCAAGGAUCUUGUUGUUUUGUCAGGAGGACACACGAUCGGAAUCUCCCACUGUUUCUCCUUCAACGAUCGGCUCUAUAACUACACGGGCAAGGCCACCCCUAACGAUGUUGACCCAACUCUCGAAAGGCACUACCUCGCUAAGUUGAGGACUAUUUGCAAGCCCAACGAUCCAACCACAUUCGUGGAGAUGGACCCCGGGAGCUUUAGGACAUUCGAUACGAGCUACUACAAGCUAGUGACGAAGAGGCGUGGGGUAUUUCACUCCGACGAGGUCUUGCUUGAAAAUAGUGUCACUAGGGACUAUGUGUUGAGCCAUGCCGGGGCAUCGGAGUCCGACUUUUUCGAAGAUUUUGCGAACUCCAUGAUCAAGAUGGGCGAUAUUGGCGUGCUCACUAGUGGGGAGGUCAGGAAGAAGUGUUCAGUUAUCAACUAGAACUCUAAGAAGGAUGCUUGUGUUUAAUUAAGAUCGAAUUAAAAGAUUAGAUUUGUACGGAUAAAUCAAGAUUGUUUGUUGAUGUGUUCUUAAUGUUAAGAUUGUAUUAUUGUCCAGAAUUAAUAACUGGCAUUUAAUGCCAGUGAUUUUGUUCAGUUAAUAAAUUACAAGAAUUU